GCCACAUCACACAAGCUCAAUUACAGCUCAGCCCAGACUUUCUCCAACUCGAGCUCCUCUCGCGCUCUCUGCGCGAGUCCGCAGACACGGAAGAACGACUGCAGAAAUUCAUCAUCCCCGCCAGUGACUGCGGCCAUUCACGGGCGCUGGUGGGCCCGCUAGCUCAGCUUUGCGCCAAGAGACACUAAAGACAAGCAGCCAAGGCGCCAUGAAGAGGGAAAAUAGUGGAGAAGGUGCAGAUGGUUUGGAUCUGGGUACACAGUGUGCUACAGUGCUUACUCCGUACGGAGUGCUGCGGAGUGCUGCCGGGCAAAGAGAAGCUGCAAGUUAGCACCUUGUGCGGGAUUUGCUGGCUGAGUGUAAUGCUUCUGGACAAGGAGGAGACGAGACCGUCGGCCAACCUAUCUGGCUAGCGCAUCGAUCUAAGAACGCAGCUGAAGCCCGCGGGUGGACAUUAUUAUUCAGGAGAUGCUUCGCGUCAUCCCUACAUUCAUCUCACGCCCGUCAACCCUUGCGUCAAGAACGGGGUCACCCGUCCCACACCAAAAAUAGUGAUCUUAUCUAAGACGCAGUGUACUGUCUUGAACGGACAGAUUGUCCCAGUCUGCUUGGAUUGAGAUCUUCUAGGGGGCCCUGCAAAACGGCGACAUCCGAGCUGAAUCGGACAUGUCACUCAAUAGUCCAGGAACUAGUCGGAUUGGCCACCGGGCACCACGGAAAGGCUGGACUGCUGAAGGCACAUGGAUUUAGGCUAGCUGCAUAUCUCCUCCUCCCUCGCAUUCAAGGCCCAAGCAGGCAAUUGAUCGACGAUCAGGGCUGCAUUCGGUGGGUCGGCCUUGAUUACAGGCCGCACCGACCAAAACAUCGCCCGACUAGCGCGUCCACCAUCGAAGGGAAUGAAUAUUUAAACUGGGCACGGAAUGGAUGAUUGACUUUUUCCCUUCCUCACGAAUUCACACCGGUCUUUCUCGCCCGCCAUGCGUGUCUUCGGUCUCGUUACCGUCGCUUUCGCGGCCUGGUCAGCUGCUCAGGAAUGGGAUCCCAUGGUCUCUGCCAACGACAGCAUCGUGCAGAAGCACAUGCUCGCGCGAUCCAACAUGAUCACGCUAGAGAAGCGUCAGCGGCAGGAUUACGAUUUCCGGCAGAACAUGUCGUCCGUGGCGCGACAGGCCGACGCCCUGGUGAAGGCCAUCCGUCAGGAGGAGAUUGACGACUACUGGCGACACUACGCCGAGCUGCAGAACCAUACCGACGAGCGCUUCGCCGGCAUGAUGUUCCCGCUGGCGCGCCCGUACAUCGCCGACACCAAGUUGUGGCGCAUCGUCAGGCGCAUGCCCAAGGGCGCGCUGCUGCACGCGCAUCUGACGGCCAUGCUGCCCUUCGACGUGCUUCUGGAGACCGUGGUGAACACCGAAGGCAUGGUGAUCAGCGCCUCGCAGAGCCUCGAUACCCCCGAGGGUCGCGAGAACGCCACGAUCGCCUUCUCGCACGUGAACGAGACCCUGCCCGACAGCGCGGACAUCACAUCGGCCGACUACGUGCCCAACACGGAUGUCCUGGUGACCGACGUCGUCAGCACUUUUCCCGGCGGCCAGGACGGCUUUUUCGCAUUCGCCAAAACCAAGAUGGCCGUGCAGCCCGAGAAUUCCAUCCAGCAUGAGCUGGGUGUUGACGAGAUCUGGCGCCGCUUCCAGGCCAUGUUCGACCCGGCCGGUACGCUGCUGACUUACGAGCCCAUCGUGCGUACCUUCUACCAGCGUCUUUUCGGCCGUCUCGCCGCGGACGGCAUCAACUGGGUGGAGAUACGCGCCGGUGGAUCCAGUGGCAAGCUGGUGCAUGAGGGCGACGAGGACCCGGACCCGGACCUCGACGUCUGGUGGACGGUGCUGCAAGAGGAACUGCAGAAGUUUAAGGACAGCGAGAACGGUCGCAAUUUCUGGGGCGCGCGGGUGAUCUGGUCCGACUGGCGCGGUGGCACUACAGCGGCGCUGAGCCGAAGCAUGAAGAUUGCGCUGGAGCGCAAGCUGAAGUUUCCCGAGCUGUUCAGCGGCUACGACGUGGUGGCGCAGGAGGAUCUGGGCCGGACGCUGGCGGAUUUGGCGCCGGAGCUGCUCUGGUUCCAGGAACAGGCAGCGAACUUGAAUGUCUCGGUGCCCUUCUUCUUCCACGCAGGUGAGACGCUGGGUGAUGGCAACUCGACCGACCUGAACCUGGUGGAUGCCCUGGUGUUCGGCACUCGUCGCAUCGGUCACGGCUUCUCGCUAUACAAGCACCCUCACCUGAUCGAGCAGGUGAUUGAGAACGGCGUCAUGGUGGAGGUGUGUCCCAUCUCCAACGAGGUCCUACGUCUGGCGACAGACAUCCUGCAUCAUCCCUUGCCGGCGAUGAUUGCGCAUGGAGUGCCCACGGCCAUCAGCAACGACGACCCGGCGAUGCUGGGCCAGGACGCUGCCGGCGUAAGCUACGACUUUUACCAGGUGAUUCAAGGAUUUGACAAUGUGGGACUGGCUGGCCUGGUGAGUAGAUCUUCAUCCUUACGAGUUAACCCGCACAGAUGCUGAUAUGAAAACAGGGCGCUCUCGCACAGAACAGUA